UUCGCCCCGCCCCGUUCUGUCAAGUCCUCCGGCUCGUAGUCAGAAAGGGUGGGAAGCUGUCAGUCAUGGCGCUGUCCUCGCGACUAUGUGGUCUUCUCCCUCUGCGACGCAGAGCCGAGCAGAGCGUCUGUCAGCUGGCGAGGACCUGGGGCAGCCGUGGGCGCCGUGGCAGCUGGGGAUUCCGCACUUCCGAGGUGAUAGGAAAUACAAGACUUUUCAAGGGAGGCAUUUUGUUCUCAGCCUUGUCUUAUUUGGGUUUUGAAACCUAUCAAGUCAUUUCUCAGGCUGCUGUGGUUCAUGCCACAGCUAAAGUUGAAGAAAUACUUGAGCAAGCAGACUACCUCUAUGAAAGUGGAGAAACAGAAAAGCUUUACCAGUUGCUUACACAGUACAAGGAAAGUGAUGAUGGAGAGCUACUGUGGCGGUUGGCACGAGCAUCACGUGACAUAGCACAGCUUAGUAAGACUUCAGAAGAGGAAAAGAAAGUUUUAGUGUAUGAAGCUCUAGAGUAUGCCAAAAGAGCACUAGAGAAAAAGGAGGCAAGCUUUGCUGCUCAUAAGUGGUAUGCAAUCUGCAUUAGUGAUGUUGGAGAUUAUGAAGGUAUCAAGGUUAAGAUUGCAAAUGCCUAUGUUAUCAAGGAGCAUUUUGAGAAAGCAAUUGAGCUGAACCCAAAAGAUGCUACUUCAAUUCACCUUAUGGGUAUUUGGUGCUAUACAUUUGCUGAAAUGCCUUGGUAUCAAAGAAGAAUUGCUAAAGUGCUGUUUGCAAAUCCUCCUAGUUCCACCUAUGAGGAGGCAUUGAGAUACUUUCACAGGGCAGAAGAAGUGGAUCCAAACUUCUACAGCAAAAACUUGCUGCUUUUAGGAAAGACAUACUUGAAGCUAAACAACAAAAAGCUUGCUGCAUUCUGGUUGGUAAAAGCCAAGGGCUAUCCAGCACACACAGAAGAGGAUAAACAGAUACAGACAGAAGCUGCUCAGUUGCUUACAGGUCUGUGACAAGAACUGAGAACAUUUUGGAGAAGGCAACAACAUACCUAAUACUUUGUAUUUCACUGACUUAUAAACAUGAUAUAUUAACCUUCAUAAUGAUUGUAUGGCUUUUUUCUUAGUUCUUUUAUGUGUGACCAUUUUACAGAAUAAAUGUAAAAACUUCUGGGUUUCUUCAUAAGUAAACUUCCACAUUGCCCUAAGAAUGGCAGCAACACACUUCCCUGGUUCAGACAGACAUUUGGGACAUCAAGAGAAAAAAAAUGGUAUGGGGUAUGUAAGUAUUAGUCACUUCAGGAUGAAACGUUUUCAAAAAGCUUUGUGAACAGGUGGCAAUGACAGAAUGGUUUUCAUGUUACAAUGGACUAAGUUGCUAUCUAAGAGAAGCUAAGUAUUUAUGAUGUUGAGGGGUUUUGGCAUAACUUAACUGAUGUGUGUCUUAGAGGCAACCUGAAUAAGGAAAAAUUCCGUAGAACUUUUUUUUUUAAUGUAGUAUACCUCCAUAGGUGGGUUGAUUAGUCACUUGACAAACUAAUCCUUUGUAGAAUGGAGGGACAUAGAUUUCAGGGUGAAAGGGAAUAGACAUUUACCAGGCAGAGUACUAAAACGGGAGUCUGAUAUGGCACCACUGUAAACCUACAUUUUGCAACAACUAGAGCUGAGAAUUGUAAUGUUUAAAAAAUUAUAGCAAAAUGUGUAGGUAUGUGCUGUUCCUGUUUUACUGUGCAAACUUUAAGACAUAAACAAACAUUGGAAGUACAUCCUGUUCUUGGAUUUAAGGUAUUAAUAUUUUGUUAUGUGGGUUUUUAUAUGUGUAUAUCUAAUCACAUAUAAUGCAUCUUUAAACCUUUGAAAUUGCAGAUUUUAUCUAAUCCUUAAACUCUGCUGCUUUUCAAAAUAAGUACAUCUUCCUAAGCAAAUACAAAUAUAUUAUUAUGCAUACUACAUCACCUCUAAACAAUACAUACUCAGAUUUUCUUAACUGUCCCCAAAACCUGCUUUUGGAGACCAAAAUUUGAUUUGCAGCACAGUUGGUUUUAUUAUAGAAAACUUAUCCCCUCUUCUUACAACACAAGACUUUCAUGAGAGGCCAAUGCAGUUGUUGUUAUCAGCUGUCCUUCAGUCCAGAUGAGCCUCUGAGAACCACGUUCCGUCCUGUCUUCUGAGACUCCAGUUAACUAUAUUCAGUCUUCCUUGGCUCUCACAGUCAUGACUUUGAAAUUAACUACUGCUUCAUUUCCUAAGUUCAUUCCCAUUUUGAUACACUUUGUUUUGCUUUAGGUGGUCUGAUUGCUUCAAAGCAUGAUAAUUACCUUCAUUUUCUUUUUGUCUUUUUCUUCAUCUUUCCCCUCCUAUUCAACAGCCACUUCAUGUCUUCCUUGUCUAGUUAUGAACUUCAGCUACUUUUCAUAUCCAGUUUAUCUAAUUCUUAUUAGUAUUAUUAUGCAAAAGAAUUUCAAUGUUUUUACAUUAAGAUCCAAGUCCUUGCACUUCUUAACUAAGGGCUUUACCAGAUGAAUAUGCCAGUUGCUCUUGUGGAUUUGUUAGAAUGGCUUUUCUAGUACAAUUUGUUACCAGCACAAAGUUCUGGAAUUACUUCUUAGCACUCAUAACAAGAAAUUAUUUUUGUGAAAUGAAAUAUUUUUCAGUAAACAGACUUGUAUAGAUGGGGAGUCUAUCUUUUGAUACUUUAUAGGACAUUAUUUUAAAAUAAUUAAGAUUCAUAAUAAGUUACAUAAUGUAGUACAAGCGGGUUCUAAAUACCCAUCUUCUUCUUUGCCCUUGGAUGACAUGAAACUAAGGUAUAAUACAGAACUAGGAAACGUAAUGGUAUCUAUAGACCUUAAUUCGGGUUUUUAGGACGCUUAGGUGUCCUCACGUUAUGUCUAGCUCUUAAUGUUAUUUCUAAAUAUUUUUUAUAACUACCACCACAAGCAAGAUACAGAUUUGUUUUAUUUCAGAGACUUAGUGCUCUUUAUAGUCACACAUAGCCACUUUCAGUCCCUCUCACAUUCUGAAUACACACAACAACUAAUCUGUUAUAUAUUUGUCAUUUUAAAAGUCAUAGGCAAAUGUAAUCUUAUAGAAUAUGACCUUUUGAGACUGUGCCUUUUCACUUAGCCAGAUCCUCUAAUAACUAAGUUCAAUCAAUAGUUUUUCCUUUUAGUGUUAAUAUUUUAUUAUAUGAAUAAACCAUUUUAUCCAUCUGC